AUGAUUGAAAAAAUGCAGGGAAGUCGUCUGGAUGAACAAAGAUGUUCCCUUCCAGCUCCUCUCAAGACAGAAGAGGAGUAUAUUCCUUAUCCCAGCAUCCAUGAGGUGUUACAGAAAGGAUGGCCAUAUCCUCUCAUUAUCCUACCCCAGUUUGGGGGCUACUGGAUUGAAGGGACCAGCCACAACCUCUCUAGCUUGAGUCCAACUCUGUCUGAUGUACCCUUUUCCUGGAGUGGUAAAGUGAAACUGGAAAGUGAUCCUACAGCCAAGCUGUACCGCAAGCAUUUUCUUGGAAAGGAGCACCAGAAUUUUUACUCCAGUGACAUGUCUUUGGGCUACCUAGUACUUUCUGUGAAAUACGAACAGAUUGAGAAACAGGAAAAUCUACGCCUGUUGCUGAGGACUCGUACUGGCACCAAACAUGAUCUAAUUCCCAUUUCCUGUCUGAAUGAGUUUCCCAACGCUGUUCAGAUGGCAAAGCUACUGUGUGAGGACGUGAAUGUUGAACGCUUCUUUCCUGUCCUCUAUCCCAAGGCCUCACAGCUUAUUGUUGCAUUUGAUGAACACGUCAUAAGCAAUAACUUCAAAUUUGGGGUCAUCUACCAAAAACCUGGACAGACAACUGAAGAAGAAGUCUUCAGUAACACAGUAGAGAGUCAGGGUUUCCUGGAGUUCCUAGAUUUCCUUGGUGACAAGAUUCAGCUGCAGGAUUUCCGUGGGUUCCGGGGAGGCUUGGAUGUUACCAGAGGUCAAACAGGCACUGAGUCAGUCUAUACAAAUUUCCGGGGGAAGGAGAUCAUGUUUCACGUGUCCACAAAGCUGCCCUUCACAGAGGGAGAUUCCCAGCAGCUUCAGCGGAAGCGUCACAUUGGAAAUGAUAUUGUAGCCAUCAUUUUCCAGGAUGAAAGCACACCUUUUGUCCCUGAUAUGAUUGCUUCUAAUUUCCUACAUGCUUAUGUGGUAGUUCAGCUCACUCUUAGCACCACUGGGGACACUCUCUACAAGGUUUCAGUCACAGCCCGAGAUGACGUUCCUUUCUUUGGACCGCCUCUGCCAAAUCCAGCCAUAUUUAAAAAGAGUGCAGAGUUUCGUGAGUUCCUUCUGGUCAAGCUCAUCAACGCCGAGUACAGCUGCUAUCGAGCUGAGAAAUUUGCUAAGUUAGAGGAAAGAACACGAAGUGCCCUCUUGGAGAGCCUUUUUGAGGAGUUGCAGCUUCGCAGCCGCAGCAUGAUGGGAUUACCAGUAGGGGAGGAUGACAAGAUAGACAAUGGCAGUGGGGGCUUCCUCGAAAACUUCAAGCGGGUGAUCAGAGGCCGCAGCCAGAGCCUGGAUACCAUGGGGAUAUCCAUGAGAAAGCAGCAGCCAGCCACCUUGCCCAGCCGCCCAGCUACAGCUGGCCUUGCCCUCAGCCAGAGUGUCGCCGAGGGCCCUAAGGCCAUUGCUGCGUCUUUUGCCUUGCCUGGUAGGAGCCCAUCACGUGCUCGAGCCAGCCGCUUCCAUGGGCGACGGAGUAGUGCCAUUGGCAUUGAAAACAUACAGGAGGAAAAGAGCAGAGACACCACAGAGAGGAUACAGAGGGUGUUGGACAGUCCAGGAACUUUCUUUGACCUGAAGUCUGAUGGAUCAUCCAGUCCCAGCUCUCCAGAGUUCCCCAUCAGGAAGAGCAAGUGA